UCAGACACACAGAGCAGGCUGAGGAGGGAGGGUGUGAGCUCGAGUCUGUCAGGAGAAAUACAAACUUCCCAAACUUUUUUUUCCAGCACUAGGAUUUUUCUCCUUUGGAUAUGCUGGCUGUCCGCUUCUCUUUGGAAUAUAGCUCUUACCACAGCUGUUGACAAUGCAAGGCAGGGCUAGUAAAGCUCCGAAGAAGGAGCUGGUCAUUGAGAGUCCUCAGCAGUACAAGAGCUUGGCCGCAGCUGAGACUGAGGUAGAUGCGGUGCCACAGGUGGUGGUAAAGCCGAAGGUGAUCGAGCCACUUGACUAUGAAAAUGUGCUGGUGCAGAGGAAGACACAAAUCCUCAGUGAUGUCCUCAGAGACAUGCUGCAGUUCCCCCAUGAGGACUUUGAGAUUUCAACUCUGAGGCGGCAAGGGAGAACUCUCUACCCUACAUUGCCUGAAAAUGCAGAGAGGGAGGCUCAGAGUCUGUUCGUCCAAGAGUGCAUUAAGACCUACAAGUCUGACUGGCAUGUUGUCAACUACAAAUACGAGGACUAUUCUGGAGACUUUCGACAGCUUCCACACAAAGUGUCCAGACCUGAUAAACUGGCAGUCCAUGUAUUUGAAGUGGAUGAGGAUGUCGACAAAGAUGAGGAUACGGCCUCCCUUGGAUCACAGAAGGGUGGAAUUUCCAAACAUGGCUGGCUGUAUAAAGGCAACAUGAACAGUGCCAUCAGCGUCACCAUGAGGUCGUUCAAGAGGAGGUAUUUCCAUCUAACUCAGCUUGGGGACGGCUCGUAUAAUUUAAACUUCUACAAGGAUGAGAAGAUCUCCAAAGAGCCCAAAGGAACCAUCUUCUUGGACUCCUGUAUGGGUGUAGUUCAGAAACCUGAGCUCUCUCCUCCCAAGGGUCACGCUUUACUGCUGACUCUCAGCUGGUGA